AUGGCGGCCUUUGCAAUUCUUUUCUCAAUAUAUUUGUGGUCCCUGGUGGUGUCCCAGGACAACGAAGCCUGCGUUGCAGGGAAGUGUGGUUUCAACAGCUCCAACGAUGUGGCCUCCAUGGUCCAACUCAAUGUUGGCCAGUCUUCCGGUAUCAACACGAUGAGAAAUGACUUUAGAUUGGCAGAUGAAGGUGACAGCUGCCAGGUGGCGUGUGGCGGCACUAACGGUGGGCCGCCUGUUUGUGACACGACAGAGAUGGCAACGGUUGAUCAGGCUGACAUCGAGACACUGAUUGCGCCCAAAACAUGCGCGAACGUAUUCGUCAACCCUGUUACAAUCAGCCCAUAUGUUCUGACCGAGCCGAACGGGCAAAAGUUGUGCUACACAAACCCAUCGGCAGCAAAUAUUCAAUGCAAUGCUGCACCACCUCCCCCUUCCGGCGGCGUCGUGAGACAACGAGUUUGCUCCUGUCUUCCCACCACAACGACCUCCACCACCACAACAACCACCACAACCACCACAACGACAACCACCACAACGACAACCACCACAACGACAACCACCACAACCACCACAACGACAACCACCACAACGACAACCACCACAACGACAACCACCACAACGACAACCACCACAACCACCACAACGACAACCACCACAACGGAGGAUGAGACAACGGAGGAACCAAUGACCACCACAACCGACAAACCCUAUGGACGACAUCGUCGACACCGAAGGUUCCGGCGUUUCCUCCCCUUCCGCCGUCACGACCAACAUGGCUACUAG